GACCUUCUCGGGGAUAAACAUUUAUCUCCUGGAAUCCGACUUCUUCUUUUCCCUUUCCUGCUUUUGCUUCUGCUUCUACUUCUGGAUAGCCUGCCCCCCAUGUCCCAACAAGUCGCUCCUUAAUUCCUCCUUCCGUGUCAGCUACGUACUAUCUAUACUUACUCUCGGAUGCAGCAGGCAACCGGCAUGUGCAGUAUCCUACUAGAUCGGACUGGUCCCUUGUUGCCUUGAGAUUGCUUCCCCGUGCUUCCACCCCGUCCAAGCCAUGUGGAGACGAACCUACCUGCUGUUACUGGUGAUCCGGGUUUACUUCGCACUUUCGCCAAGUUACCUACAUCCGGAUGAGAACUUCCAAGGCCCGGAGGUUUUUGCUGGUCGUAUCUUCUCUUAUCCAUCACAGUUACCCUGGGAAUUCACCUCCGAGAAGCCUAUCCGUAGCGUCUUUCCACUAUGGCCAACGUACGACGUACCGAUGAACCUGCUGAAGGGGUUCUAUACAGAGAGCAGGACAUUAAAUCCUCCUCCACAUCUGGUUUACUAUGUGCUGCGAGGGGGCAUGUUUUUGUUAAGCUUCGUGCUUGAGGAUUGGGCCGUCUAUGAGCUGGUUCCCCUGCCGCGCCAUCGCCGCGCGACAGUGGUCCUAGUUGCAUCCUCGUAUGUCACCUGGACAUAUCAGACGCACACAUUCUCCAACUCCCUCGAGACCCUGUUAGUGGCUUGGGGCUUGGUAUUGAUCCAGCGCAUAGUUGAUAAUAAGCGACGCUCUUCUCUCUUCGCAUGCGCCUUGCUGUCGCUGAUCGCCGUCGUGGGCGUUUUCAACCGGAUCACAUUCCCUACCUUUCUCCUUGUCCCAGGCCUUCGAUUACUGCCUCAUUUUUGGCGCAAGCCAUAUUCCUUUCUCUCUUUUGCUGGAUUCGGCUUAUUGUUCUUCUGCAUCGCUGUCCUUGUCGAUACAUCGUUUUACAAUCCUUCUGCAUCGAUCUGGGACGCCCUUCACGCACCUGUUAUCACGCCCCUCAACAAUCUGCUCUACAACACGGAUGAGUCCAAUCUAGCUCUCCAUGGACUCCAUCCCCGUUAUCACCACUUUCUAGUCAAUCUACCGCAACUUCUGGGGCCUGCGUACGUGGCGAUAAUACUCUCGGUAUGGAAAUCGGCAGCUAUUCCAUCUUGGUUAAAGAACAUGCGCGCCGCCUCUGCCGUAUCAGCAACCGUUAUGCUUUCCAUCUUCCCGCACCAGGAACCUCGAUUCCUGAUUCCGUGUGUCCCUCUACUCUUGAGCUGCCUCCGAGUGCGCAAAUCGCGCCUUUUCUUGGCUACCUGGGUGGUUUUUAAUGCCUCUCUCGGAUUCUUGAUGGGGGUCUACCAUCAAGGUGGUGUAGUGCCUGCUCAGCUUGCAAUACCCUCGAUAGUCUCAACGAGCGUCCUGGAGACAGGCCCCGUUAUCUCUGGCGAUGAUUCCCAGAGGUCUGUCACUGUGCUCUGGUGGAAGACUUAUUCCCCUCCCUUAUGGCUGCUGGGAGAAAACAGCACUACGCCGCUGGACAUCGAAACGCGAGACUUGAUGGGUAUAUCCGGACCUGAAAUGGCCAGCGAGCUCGAAAGAUUGGUACCACGAUGUCCACAUAACACUGAUAGCUCAGAUGCGUCCAGACAUUAUGUCUUUGUGGUCGCACCCAAAUCCGCUACUUUCCUUGACCGUUAUACAACCCCCUUGUUCGAUGAAUCGGAUCUUGCACUGCACGAGCUAUGGACCUGGCGCAAUCACAUCAACUUGGAUGACCUGGACUUCGGCACAGACGGCAUCUUCCCAACUCUUAGACGAGUCAUUGGUAGGCGCGGGUUGUCUGUCUGGGCAGCACGAAGAACCCGUUGUGUUUGACGGAUUUCUCUCACUCAGGAUCAGAUGACGCCGAAACUCACUCGGUCAGCUGGGAGCGCAAAACAAUUCAGGCCCCGCAUGGGCAGAGACAACCUUCAUCACUUCUUUUCCCUUACCCCUGACCUAUCCUUAUAUACUUCAGUGGUCUCUCUUCAAUUUUUCUCUUGGCAUUACAUUCCACACCUGCCUUGUUUAGCCCUCUUCCCCUCGUUUUGACUUAACCCCACCUCGCUCCGUUCUU